UGCUAGCGACGCCAUGCGAGUGCCGCUCAAAAAACCCAAGAUACCAGCCGUCAAGUUCGCUCCAAGAAAAAGUUUUUCAUCCUCAAAAUACGCCUAAAAUCCAGAGAUUCUCUAAAGAUUCCCCCAAUAAUUGUUCAGAAAUAUGUGCUUUUCAAUCUCCACGUGAAAAUUCUAAAAAUUCCCAUCAACAUCCUUAGAUAUUUGCAUUCAAAGUCAAUCUAACCUCAAAAAACCAUGGAUGAUCAAGUUUGUCCGCGAUGCAAAACAACAAAAUACAGAAAUCCUUCCCUCAAGCUUAUGGUGAAUGUCUGUGGGCAUACACUAUGUGAAAGCUGUGUGGAUUUACUCUUCCUCAAAGGAUCUGGUUCCUGUCCGGAAUGCAAUGUUCCUCUCCGGAGAAGCAAUUUUCGCAUUCAGCUCUUCGAAGAUCCGAUGGUGGAGAAAGAGGUGAACAUCAGAAAACGCAUCCUGAGGGAUUACAACAAGAAAGAAGAUGAUUUUGAAACCUUAGAAGAAUACAAUAAUUACCUGGAGGAGAUAGAGACAAUUGUCUUCAAUCUCUCAAAUGACAUAGACGUUGUGAACACCAACAAGCGGAUAGAGCAGUAUAAGAAAGAAAACCGAGAGAUAAUCACAAAGAAUAAAAGUCGAGUGGGAAGAGAGGAGUACGAGCUAGAUGAAUUAAUUGAGGAAGAGAAGCAACUCGAGGAUGAACGUCGGAAGCAACUCCAACAGAUUGAGCAAGAGAACAAGAAAAAGAAGAUGCGAGAGAAGGAAGCUCUCAUUGAUGAGCUAAUGUCCAGCCAUCAAAAUGCAGCAGAAAUUGUCAGUGUCUAUGCCAAGAAGGCUGAACAAAUUCAGGAAGAAGCUAAAGUUGUCCCAGUGCCAAAAGCCACACAAUUCUCCACAGGAAUCAAAUUUUCUCGAGGUGGACAGCAAGGUUUCUUGCCAGUUCCGAAGCUGGAUGAAGGUCCUUUGUAUUCAUACAAGCCCCUCCUGAAGAUUUUCGACGGUCCGGAACCGCCGUCAGAGGAGGAAAUCAUCUCAUCAGGCUACAUCAAACACAUUCGAGCGGAAAAUUCUCAGGAGAAAGCUGGUGGAUACACAGCAACUUAUGCGUGUCAGAGAGCACUUCAGGAAGCUCUUCAGGGACUCUAUGACUGAACCACAGUGGACUAUGUUAAGUUUCAAAGUAAGUAACUAUAUAUUAUUAUUUCUAAUUCAAUAAAAGUUGUAUACAACAGAAAAA